UCCCUUCAUGGUUUCCACUCCAUCCAAGGGUAGCUCUCAGUAAUGAGGGUGUCAACAACAUCUGAUGAUGUCAGACAGGACAGGGGCUUAUAAGUGAUCAAGAGAAUUAGCUCGUGUGUUGAUACUUAGGCUAUUUAUCCAGAUAUAAGUCAUUCAGCGUACACCUGUCCUGUCAACACUUUACACACACACACGGUGGACUGGCGAGACAACACUAUUCAAAAGGGGAGACAGGAUGACCAGUCUAGAGGAGGUUCCCUUUAAGAGCCCUCUGGGGCCACUACAGGAGCUGGGGCCCCUGGGAGGAGAGAUAGAGCUGGUUACGGCCCCAGAGUUCACCAUACCAGACCACCUCCAAAUACUACAAGACACUGAGUAUGAGUUCACCUUAGAGAACUGGGUGAUGUCUGCGCUCCAUGGAGGAUGCUACAGACCCUGGGAUGCCCCGCCCCCAUCCUGUCCUCCGUACUGGCUCAUGUUCUCCAGUCCCCAGGAGAGUCGCUCGGCCAGCAGGUGGAACAGUGAUCUGCGGGGCUCUGCCCUCCGACCAAGGAGCCACAGCCUAAGCUCUGUGGACACACGUCACCUUAACCACCACCCUCAACCCCACCCCCACCACCGCUGCCAGCAUAGCCACCGAAAAAUCAAGUUAAUGGUCUCCGACUCGGAAGACGAAGCUGGCUACUCAGAAGACGACGAGGGCUCCUCCACUGAAGAUAACGCCUCAGACUCAAAGACACAACGUGGAGCCUAUCACGUUGGCGAACGGCCUCGGUCGCAAAGCUCUGCACCAAAACACCCAUUAUCCAGAGUCAAAGACCACCAUCUUGGAUCUUCAGGCUCUUCCUUGGCUCAUCACCACUCUAACCAGCCUUCCACUGGUGGCGAACGGCCUCGGUCGCAAAGCUCUGCACCAAAACACCCAUUAUCCAGAGUCAAAGACCACCAUCUUGGAUCUUCAGGCUCUUCCUUGGCUCAUCACCACUCUAACCAGCCUUCCACUGGAGGUCGAGGCUACCAAGGUCGCAACAGGAGGGCCAACUCUUCCUCCGUCCUGGACAGCAGGAGGCAAGGGUCAUUCACCGGGCUCAAACAGGAGCAGGGGCGUACCAUCAGCCCACUUUGCCAUGGUCAGGCCAGCAGUCCCCAGUGCCAUGGUCAGGCUAGCAGUCCCCAGUGCCAUGGUCAGGCUAGCAGUCCCCAGUGCCAUGGUCAGGCUAGCAGUCCCCAGUGCCAUGGUCAGGCUAGCAGUCCCCAGUGCCAUAGCGAUCAGAGGCCCUGCAGGAAGGAUUUCAGAAGCCAGCAGCAGGUGUCAUCGUCCUCUGGCCUGGAAGAGUCUUUUGUGCGGGCCGGUAGCCCUCAGUGCCAUGGUCAGGCCAGCAGUCCCCAGUGCCAUGGUCAGGCCAGCAGUCCCCAGUGCCAUGGUCAGGCCAGCAGUCCCCAGUGCCAUGGUCAGGCUAGCAGUCCCCAGUGCCAUGGCGAUCAGAAGCACUAUAGCAGAAAGAGGCAGGGUUCUUUGUGGUCAACGGGAAGAAAAAACUCUGUGACCCCACAACGACCCUCUUCAGCUGGCCCUGAAAUCAAGAACAACAGGCAGACUACUCUGCGUCCGCGUAGCUCACACGGCAUUGGCUGUGACUCAUCUGCAGAGUUGCUGACGGCCCUAAGUCAGGAAGAGAGAGAGCUACUGGAGGCCAUCACUGAGCAGGGCUACCCUCUACACACUGCCAUCCUGGCUUUGCAGAAGACUGGCCACCGCAACCCACAACAGAUCCUGAGUUACCUGGUUGCCAGUGACCGUCUGUGUGCGCUGGGCUACGAAGAGGCUCAGGUGGAGGAGGCCAUGGAGAUGUUCCAGAACUGUGAGAGCAAGGCUGGUGAAUUCCUGCAGCUCCUGGCUCAGUUCAAUGAGAUGGGCUUCCAGCAGAGUGCCAUCAAAGAGGUUCUACUGGUCCACGAGAACCACAGGGAGAGGGCCCUGGAGGAUCUAAUGACACAGCACAACUAAUGGCUGUUCUACUGGUCCACGAGAACCACAGGGAGAGGGCCCUGGGGGAUCUCAUGACUGAUAUACAAGAGGUUCUACUGGUCCACGAGAACCACAGGGAGAGGGCCCUGGGGGAUCUCAUGACUGAUAUACAAGAGGUUCUACUGGUCCACGAGAACCACAGGGAGAGGGCCCUGGGGGAUCUCAUGACACAACGGAGGGCUCUAUUUAUUCCGUAAUCACAGAAAUGCUCAAAUUGAGGGCAAUGUUCCCACAUUCACAGUAAACGCUGCAGAUUGUCGGCUUAAUAGGAAAAUACAGUGAAAUAAUGCUUCAGUGAUACAGAUUAAAUAGAGCCCAUUAUACCGCUGAUAAAUGUGCAGCAAUAUAGUUACCUUUUAAUGGGUCAUGUUCAUUAGGGCACACUGUAGCAGAACAUUUUGAAACACAAAAUAAAAGUGUGUGGCAGUCCUUUUAUGAACACAGCCAUAGGGUUUU